AUGGAUGAUCAGGGGUUAAGAUGUAGAUUUUGUCAAAUUGUCUUUGACGACUUAGGUGACUUCAUAAACCAUUCAUGUUGUGACAAUGAUUCAUUGGAUGAAUUGCAAAUUUACUUAACCAGUGGGUUAUUCGAACCAUCAACAGUGCCGACACAAAAUGAAGAUAGACAACAACAACAACAACAACAACUUCAAGUAGUAGAUGAUCUUGCUGCAAUUAGUCAGUCUAUUGGUAGCUGUCCUCAGUGUAACCAGUUUUUCGGUGACUUUUCUACUCUUUUGGAUCACACAUGCUAUCCAACACAACCUACAAACAACAGUGAAAACAGUAAAAUGGAGAUUGAAGGUUUAGUUUGUGAAAAAUGUUCAACGAGAUUCGACACAAAUCAACAACUAGAAAGUCAUGUUAAAAUUUGUGGCUUGAUACUUGCAUCACCUAAAGUAACAGAUAUAGUUGAACUUUUCAAUUUCACUUUGAUCAAACAAGCAUUCAGAUCGAAGUAUCGCUUAUAUUCAAGAAAAUUUGAUAAAUGUUACACAUUGGAAGAUCUACAUACCAACACUGUUCCAGAUUUGAAAGCUAUGGUUGAGUCAUUGUCAAGAGAACUUGGUCCACUGAAAAUUUCAUUUUCAAUUAACAUUGUAUUUGAAAAACUUGGUACGAAAGAUUUCGUCACUUCGUAUAUUCAUUCAAUUUUUAAAGUUUAUCUGAGUGAAUGUGAUGAUUUGGAUCAAUUACUCAUGGAUAGUUUCUCUGAGAUUCAAAGUAUAAUUGAUCAUUAUACGGAGAGAGGAAGUGGUUUCAUCAUAGUUUGUAUUUCAUCUCUAGAUGUUUAUGUUGCAUGGUAUCAGCCACACCAUGGAGGAUGCCGUCUCCAGAAAUUACCAAAGCAACUCUAUGGAAAGAGAUGUUUUGUAAGUCUUAACUGUAAGACAAGCUGUUUUAUGUAUUCAAUAUUAGCGAGUAUAUAUGGAGACGUUGACAAACAUCGCGUAACACAAUAUACUCGAUACAUCAAUAACCAUAAUUUCUCAAAAUGGACAGGAGAUGUUACUCUUGAGCAGAUAAACGGCUUUGAAAAGGUUAAUGAUAUAUCUGUUAGUGUUUUUUCAUACAACUUAGAUGGUAAAUACAUAAUCCCUCUUCGUAUUACCAGAGAGAAAAAGAGUAAACACGUUAAAUUACUCUUAUAUGCUGAUCAUUUCUAUCCCAUUAUAAGCUUACGUAGAGCCUUGAACAGUAAAACUAAUAGAAGACGAUACCACUGUGAAAGAUGUCUACAUGGGUAUACUUCUAAAGAAAAACUUGCAACUCAUCUGAUUGAUUGUGAAAAUAGAGCCGUACAACGAGUGAAACUACCCGUGGUAUCGAUACAAACUCCAUUUGCAGAUUUGGUUAAGAGGAACUUGAAAAAAGAAAGCAAACACCCUUUCAUCAUUUAUGCAGAUUUUGAAAGUGUAUGUAUACCAACUGGUGAUCCAAGAAAAGUAUCUCGUCACGAGCCUAGUAGUUAUGGUUAUAUAGUUGUUGACUGGAACAAACGUGUGAUUAAGAGCGAUUAUAAACACGGAGAAAACAUCAUCAAUGAUUUCCUGAGUAGUGUUAAGCAAACUGAGAAGUGGUUAGAUGAUUACCUGAAAGUUAAUGCCUGCAAGCCAAUGACGAUCACAUUUGAUCAGACACAAAGUUUUAAAACUGAAUGGAAUUGUUGGAUCUGUGGUGGUUUCUUGGGAGGAGAUAGAGUGAGAGACCAUGAUCAUUUUACUGGUGCAUAUCGAGGUGCUGCUCACAAGUCCUGCAAUGUAAACUACUCCAUUCCCAAAAGAAUUCCAAUUUUCUUCCAUAACCUUAAGAACUAUGAUAGUCAUUUACUUAUUGCUGGAAUGGACGGUAAAACCUUCUCUUCCAAUAUUACCAUAAUACCGCAAUCUUUGGAAAAGUAUAUUGGAUGGUAUUCCGGUAAUUUAGCUUUUCUUGAUUCGUAUGCUUUUUUACCUGCUAGCCUUGACACUCUAUCGAAAGAUUUAAGCCUAGUCGAUAAGGAGCACUUUUUACGUCAAGAGUGGAAAACUCGUGAUCUAACCGACCUUCUUGAUAAAGCUGUCCUUCCAUACGAAUAUUUGGACUCAUUUGAAAGGUAUGAAGAGAGAAAUCUACCUGCAAUAGAAUCAUUCUAUUCAUCUCUCACUGAUAAAUCUAUUACAAUUGAAAUGUAUGAAAGAUUAACGCGUGUCUGGAGACAAUUUAACUGCCAAAAAUUGGGUGAUCUGAUAGACAUUUAUUUACGUUUAGAUGUACUUUUGUUAGCCGCUGUUUUUGAAAACUUUAGAGAAACAAGUUUAAAUGACUUUGCUAUUGAUCCGCCACAUUAUAUGUCAGUUCCUGGUUUAUCUUUUGCCUCAGCGAUAAAGAUGCUUAAAGUAUCCCUGAAGAUCUUUACUGAUCUGGAAAUGUACAUGAUGGUUGAGAACGGAAUAAGAGGUGGUUUCACUACAGUGGCCAAGAGACACGUAAAAGCAAACAAUAAAUUGGUUCAAUCAUACGACGGAGGCGAUCAAACAUGGAUUCUUUAUUUUGACGUGAACAAUUUAUAUGGCAAGGCAAUGUGUGAUGUUCUACCGUUUGGUAACUAUCAAUGGUUAGAGUCACGACAGUUAAACUGUUACCUAUCUGUCGAAGACGAUGCACCAACAGGUUACAUUCUUGAAGUUGAUCUAAUCUAUCCUGAGACACUGCACGAUCUACAUAACGAUUUUCCACUUGCUCCACAUAAAAUGGUAAUUUCAGAUUCAAUGUUAAGUCCAACCGCUAAAUCUAUUCUCGAUGAACUAGACCAGAAGUCAACAAAAACUGAGAAACUUGUUGCUACUUUUCUUCCUAAAACCCGAUAUGUUAUCCACUACCGAAUGCUGAAGUAUUACGUCAAACAUGGAUUGAAAGUGACGCAUAUUCACCGAGUAAUAUCUUUCCAUCAAAAGCGUUGGUUAUCACCGUACAUCAACCUUUGCACCGAAAAGAGGAAACAAGCAUCCUCUCCUUUUGUCUCAUCCCUUUACAAGCUAUUUGUAAACAGCAAUUAUGGUAAAUUGAUGGAAGAUAAAAGGAAAAGAGUUAAAGUUGACUUGGUGACAACAGAUACUAUGGCUGCAAGACGAACUCGAAAGCAUCUAUGUAAAAACAUGCGAAUCCUCUCAGAUGAUAAAGUGCUUUUUCAAAUGCUACCGGAUACCGUUUUACUUGACAAACCCAUAAUUGUUGGUUUUACUGUAUUAGAGUUGGCUAAACUUCAUGUUUACACCCUCUACUAUGAUAGAUUUAAAUCUUAUUUUCAUGAUAACAUCAGUUUAGUAUAUUCUGAUACUGAUUCUCUCUUAGUUGAGAUAAAAACUGACGAUUUAGUUCGAGAUAUGGAUCAUUUUUCAGAUAUAAUGGAUUUCAGUGAUCUUCCUGUUGAACACUGCUUGUAUAGCAGUAACAAUCGAAAAAAUUGGAUGUCUAAAGGAUGA